CACACACUCUGCAGACUGGAGCAGGAUCAGGGUCGGUUCAAUAUAUAUAGUAGGUUGAUCGGGUCGUUUUCCUCGCAAAUAGACCUGACCCGAUGACAGUGCGGGCUUUAGGUUAGUAGCAGAGACUGCAGAGAAGGAAAAGCUUUGCCCUAGCCAAAGUUCUCGCGCCGAAUUUUCAUCUUUGGGGAUCCUACUCGGUCAUGGCUAACAACAGCAACACAAUUGCAAGAUCGUUCCUUCAGGUAGCAUCAACAGAGGAGGUUGCUCCUCCCCUUCGAGUUGUUCAGAUCGAGGGACUGGUUAUUUUGAAGAUAAUCAAACACUGCAAGGAGUUCUCUCCUGCUUUGGUAACUGGCCAGCUUCUUGGGUUAGAUGUUGGCAGCAUUCUGGAAGUUACCAACUGUUUCCCUUUCCCGAUUCGGGAGGAGGAUGAAGAGAUUGAAGCCGAUGGUGCCAAUUAUCAGCUUGAAAUGAUGAGAUGCUUGAGGGAGGUUAAUGUUGACAAUAACACAGUUGGAUGGUACCAAUCAACAUUGUUAGGUUCUUUCCAAACUGUGGAAUUGAUUGAGACCUUUAUGAACUACCAGGAAAAUAUUAGGCGAUGUGUAUGUAUCAUUUAUGAUCCUUCAAGAUCCAAUCAGGGUGUCUUGGCUCUCAAGGCCCUGAAACUUUCUGAUGCUUUCAUGGAACUGUACCGUAGUAACAAUUUUACCGGGGAGAAAUUGAGAGAGAGAAAUUUGUCAUGGGUUGAUAUUUUUGAAGAAAUUCCUGUCAAAGUUUCGAAUUCUGCACUUAUCAGUGCCUUUAUGACUGAGCUAGAAGCUGAUUCACCCAUCACCCAGUGUGAUUAUGAUCGUUUGCAAUUAUCAACCAAUCCAUUUAUGGAGAGAAAUGUUGAAUUUUUGAUUGAGUGCAUGGAUGAAUUGUCAAUUGAACAGCAGAAGUUCCAAUUUUACUAUCGGAAUCUUUCACGCCAGCAAGCUCAGCAGCAAGCAUGGCUUCAGAAGAGAAGGUCAGAGAACAUGGCACGCAAAGCUGCAGGAGAAGAGCCUCUGCCUGAGGAGGAUCCUUCAAACCCCAUUUUUAAGCCAAUACCUGAGCCAUCACGGUUGGAUAGCUUCCUCAUUACCAAUCAAAUCUCAAACUUUUGCAACCAAAUAAACGGGGUUACUGGGCAGAGCUUCAGCCGAUUGUAUUUGAUGAAGGCUUUGCAGGAAAGUUGACGUUUUUAGCUGGAAUGUGUUCAUUCUUUGGAAGAGGAUGCCUUUGCUGUUUGAAAUUGACAAAUUUUGGAGCGCGAGAGCUAUGCUUGGAUUAUUGUCAACCUUUUUGAAAGUGACUGUAGAAAUGUUAGCCUAGCAUUGUUAUUAUUAUUAUUAUUAUUAUUAUUAUUAUUAUUAUUUGGCUUUUAAUAGUCUUUUAAACUUGUUAAUCUUUAUUAUUAUGCAACGCUGGAGUUUGAAAAAGCAAAUUCAGAUGUGGUUCGACA